AAAAGCUUCGACAGUUUUGUUUGCUUUCUCCAAAACCAGGACACACACCAGGAUCUAAUCAAUUAUUCCGAACUUGACCGUCUUCAUUGCUUUGGUCUCCAGUGAAAUUGUUUAGACAGAAAAAUAAUUUUCUCAGGUUUCGGUGAAAUUCAUGCAGUUCUGGGCAGACCAACGGAUCGUGCCGUGCUUGAACAACCUUGAUCGAUAAUUCGCAACAUUUUCGAUUUUUUAUUUUUUUGUGGACAGUUUGUGAGCGUUUCACCGUUCCUGUACGCAUCAUUUGGUAUCCUUAGUUACUUGGCAUUACUAUAAUUCGAAAAUGAGCAGUACGGAUUAUUUUCGUGGUCCGCCAACGGAUAUCGACAGGUUAGCAAUGGUCUCGCUGAAAGUGGACAAUCUCACUUACCGCACCACCGUCGAGGAUCUGCAGAAGGUCUUCGAUAAAUUCGGCAAAAUCGGCGACGUCUACAUUCCGCGCAGUAAUCGCGGCAGUCGGGGAUUCGCGUUCGUACGAUUCAUGGAGAAGCGCGACGCGGAGGACGCCAUGAGUAAGCUGGACGGGUCGCGGCUGGACGGCCGGGAGAUCCGCAUCCAGAUGGCCCGCUACGCCCGCCCCGAGGGCGGCCGCGACCGGGACCGCAGCCGGGAUCGCGAGCGGGACCGCGACUACCGCAACGGCGACCGGCGCCACCGCGACGACGACGACGACCGUCGCUAUCGCCGUUCUCCGGAGCGUCGCCGCUCGCCGUCGCCACGGGAUCGACGCCGAUCGCGCUCGCCAGCGCGUCGCUACGGACGCCGUGACUGAAGUCUGCCAGUGGAACGACGGACCGGGAUUCUCGGAUGUUUCGUUUGUGUUCAUGUUGAUCGCCGAUCUUGUUGCAUCCUGGGGUAUGAGCGGCGUUUUUCUGUUGUUGUUUUUUUUGUUGAAUUAUUUUCCUCAUCUAUUUUUCGGCUGAUAUUCUCCAUAACAGUUUUGUCGUGUGUCUGUUUGUGUAGCAUCUUGCGUCUUCGUACUGUACAUUAUGACACUUAUUGCGCCUACAUAAUGACAGCUGUGCAGUUUGUGUGUUUUAUUGAUGAUUAUUGUCGAUUGAUGACAGGAGUACGCGGUGGGCGCUGUGUGGCUGGUGUUACACUGAGUUGCUGGUUAAAAACGCGUGCAGAGCUGACAGUGUGAGCGGGGCCUGCUGAGUUGCAGACGUGUAUGCUGGGUGGUUGUUAGCUGAACGCGGGUUAGCUGAUCUAGUAGCUGGGUGCCUCCGACGUUUCCCUCAGGAUAGCUAGUAGGACGAAGCCGAGCCGACGGUUGGGGCUAUACGGAAAUACACAUACAGACUGAUGCCCGGGAACCUGGGUUCCAGGCGGUCGCUGAUGGUCCGGCCAUUGGGGGGUGUGCUGUACGCGGCCGAACAGUGUCCAGCGGUGCCUGAUGCGGACCAUAGACGGUAGACCGUGAAUAUAAUCCAUCUGCUGAAUAUGGGCAAGGGGUACGUGUAUGGGGGGCGCUGAUCUAUCCGGCCUGUUGAGGUUCGCGGUGGGCUGUGGCGGUGCGCGGCUGUGUGGCAAGCUGUUGUCCAUUAAAGAGCCGGAAACAUGCUGACCGGGAUUUGAAACGGAUCGCCGUGCAAUAGCUGCGCAGUAGUCCAUUAGGUAAUUUUACCACUUAGCAUACCAUUAAGAGAAGUUUACCCCGGUUCAUGGUAUGUACCAAAUUUCUUUAUCAGAAUAUUAUUAAUAUCGAGAUUCAGCGAGGAAACGCUGUUUCUGUUCUCGGUACAUUUAGCGACAUGAUAGAAGGAAGAUGUGUACUUUGCCUUUCAGUUACCGGAACGGAAAUGUUAAUCUUUAUCAGUUUAUCCGGUAAUUCCCUACGUAAAGGUACAGCGAGCGCGGAGUUAGCGCCUACCACGAUGGUCAUGUCACUACGCUUAACGCAGUGUCUCAAUGCGCUCCGCAUGUUUCUAGCCAAUAUUGCAACUUCCGCCAGGCAGCGGCGAUUAUGCUCAAUAAAAUACUUAUCUGG